AUGACAUCACAAUUAUUGGAAGACUGCAGUAUGCAAGUAAGAGAAGAGCAGCAAAUGGGUUCUCUGGUUCUGUUGCUCCUCGUCGCAUGGGCCGCCUCAGGUCAGGUGGCGGAGUAUACCGGCGGUUCCAACGGCGCAAUGCAGGCGCCCCCGGAGCACACCGCUCGGGAAGGAGAGGGUUGGUCAGAUUCACCUAAAGUGAUGGUGCUCCAUCCGAUUACCACGGACGAGUCCUCGGCAGAACCUCCACGCCCGACUCCUGCAGGCAGUGUUUGCAUGAUGAAGGUGGACUGUGCAGACACUAGCCCUAUUAACUACGACGAGGUGGUACUGGAGCUUCAGAGGGACGAGGAAUAUCAGGACGCGCCAAGCACUGCUCAGGAAACGACAGCUGCAACGUCGAGUACCGGCUCGCCAAAGCCGACACCACCUCCUGUGCCGUGCACUGUGGAAAUACAAGUGCUGCAGAAGUACCGCGGGCAGUGCGUCCGGCUGGGCCAGCACUUCGGCGGCUGCCGCGCGGGGCCGUUCGUGUCGCCGCUGCAGCCCCCCUGCCACCCCCCGCCGCAACACUAG